AAACUGUCACGCCGGGAGCGGCUGCUGCCCCGCAGACUGACUUUGUGCAGAAUGUCAUCAGAUGAAGAGAAAAGCACAAGUCCUGUUUUGCCAAAAGACUCGGUUCGUGGCAGUUCUGUUUCUUCAGAUCUUCAGGAUGAAUAUGAAGAGCUGCUUCGUUAUGCUGUAGUGACUCCAAAGUUUGAACAUCAUGGCCCAAAGUGGUCAGAACCUGCCUCAGAACUGAGAGCAGGUGACAGGUUUUCAAAUAUAACAGAUGAUGUCAUUCACCGUGAGACUCCAGUUUUAAUGUCAGUGAAGGGGCCUUGUGAGGCCAACAUGGAACACCUUUGCCCUGUCCUCUCAGAGGAGACUUCUUCACAAGGAUCUGCAUGCAGUCCAAGAGAAAUCAAUGAAGAAAUAGUGACUGAAUUAACUGUUCCUGAUGAAAAAGUGACCCAAAUAGAAAACAUACUUGAUCUCUGGAGCGGAAGUCUUAAGACAAAUGUUCUGACUGAGUUGAAAAAAUGGAAACUUAGUUUUAUCGAACAUCACAAGCUUGAAAUGAGACAAGAAAGAGAGAAACACGCUGCACAUGUCAGACAAUUGAACAAUCAAUUGGAAAACCUGAAAGAGCUGCUGCAUACUUAUGAAAUCUCUGUUGGCAGAAAAGAUGAGGUAAUUGCUAACUUGACUCAAGCAUUAGAGAAGCAAAAGGAGAGAAUAGAAUUGAUGAGAAAAUUUAUGCAGUGGCGGAUUCAGCAUGUUGAAGCCAAACAAGAGGAAUAUGCAAAUCGUAUAGCAGACAGACAAUUCCAGACAGCUUUGAUGAAGAAGGUUUGGGCAGCAUGGCGCUGUCUUAGUGAAGCAAGAUGGAAAGAAAAAGUAACAAAAGCCUGUCAGUUAAGGGCAGAAGAUGUCUGUGUUCAGCUCACUAAUGAUUAUGAAGCCAAAAUUGCAGAGCUAAAUGCUACUUUGGAACAGACAAAAGCUGAGAUUCUGCGACUGCAUAGUGAAAGAGAACAGUACGAAGACACCAUGAAGAAAGCCUUUAUGCGUGGUGUAUGUGCUUUGAACCUGGAAGCAAUGACCAUGUUUCAGGGCAAGGAGAGUAGGACGGAUCCUGAUGCAGGAAGUAGGAGAGAAGAUAAUGGUACCGGUGUGGCAGGAAGGCUGCCUUCUUCACAAUAUAAUCCUCCCUCACCACCACCUCCAACAGCAACUAGUCUUCAGCAGGAAGACAUGUUUUCUGCCCACUUGGGUCAUGCCAGCACUUCUCAGACCAGGCUAGAUUCUGAGUCUCCAGCAAUCAUCACUAGCACAACUGCAGGACCUGGUCUGGCAUCAACUCAAAAACUGCCCAUGGCAAAAGUAAUAACAUCUGCUCAACAGAAAGCAGGAAGAACAAUCACUGCUCGAAUCACAGGCCGAUCUGAUAUGGGACAAAAACCAAGAAUUUGUAGUAGUUUAGCAGUGAUGGGAGUUGUUCCACCCAUGAGUUCAGUCAUUGUUGAAAAACAUCAUCCAGUCACUCAGCAAACCAUAUCCCAAGCUACUGCUGCUAAAUACCCUCGAACUGUGCUCCACGCUUCUGGCUCUACCACUGUGAGACCUGCAGGGCACGCAGGGCGAGUGCUUCAGAGCCAGCCUCACAGCAGCGUGCAGUCAAUAAAGGUUGUUGACUGAGUGAAUCUCGCACGCACACAAAUCUUUCUCACUGGUGGAGGGUUUUUACGAAGGUACAAUUUAAAGCUCUUCCCAGUGUUUUCAGACUUGACAUAGCAAGGCCUCAAGGGUGUAUCAUGUUUUUACUUUUAAAAAAUUGCAAAAAUGCUUAUAGUAAGCGUGUGGAGGGAGGAAAAUGACCUUGAAACAUUGUUCUACCUCCAAACUUUUUGAGAACUUAUUUUAUUAAAGAUAAAUACUUUAUUUAAGGAAUCUGUUGAAUACUUUUAAAUAAAGGAUCAA